AUGCGGCGCACCUAUGGCGAUGCACGGGAAGUCAAGUCGUACAGAUUGUUAGGCUCAUUGCCCAAAUUACAACACUUAAGCCUAGACCUGGACGUAUCAGAUCUUUUGCGGGACGUAUCAAACAUCCAGGGCAUCCUCGGCGAAGACAUGUGGCCUGAAGAGUCAGACGACGAGGAAUUCGACGAGGGGUGGAUUCCUUUCGAUAUGGAGGCACUUCCAAACCAUGAAUUCCACCGCGAGUUCGAUCUCGAAAUAUACGAUGUGACCCGGAGCAACGCACCCACUAACGGUCGUAUUCGCGGAGCUCUGAUCAACGCGGCAAUCGACAAAUCGCUGGCAUGUUCGAUUUUUGAAACGAUUUCAGGUGGCAAGCCUAAAGUGUCGGUUCCAUUAGAAAGACUUGACCUGAAGGCUAUCGAGGUCGGUGAAUUUGGAGGUGUGAUGUCAGACGCAACACUCGGCGUAUUCAAGACUAUCGCAAAGCAGUGGCGGGUCGAAAAAAACCCACGUUACGAUACAGAUGAACCUGUCGCAAAGGAGACGGGAGAGCCCGUGCGAUUUCUAACCCCAACCAUGACCCUACCGGAUCCUGAAAUGGCCAGAAGCUGGCGUUUGCUUUGGCCUGAAAAUGAGUCAGGAGACUGGAAGGAAGAGUGGCACAGCUUUCCACUUUCAGUCUGA